AUGCUUUUAUGUUGGCUACUUCUCUUUACAGGCGCAAUUGCUGCAACGGGAUCCAAUCUUUCAGGGGAAUCUCGAUCUCCAAGUCGACUAGACCUACGGCGCAUCAGUAAAUCAGGUCCGAAAAUAAGCCGUGACGGUCGUUGCGGACGGAUUAAUGACCGGGUCUGCACUGGUUCCGUUUUUGGAUGCUGCUGCUCGGAAUUGGGAUACUGUGGAUCAUCGGGCGCAUACUGCAAAGCAAAAUGCCAGUCGAGCUACGGGGAAUGCUUCAAAGAGCCGUCGUCGAAGUUGUCGCCAAAUGGAAAAUGUGGAGGAUUGAGUGCCUAUACUUGCAAAGGCGCCCGAUGGGGCUCAUGCUGUUCUGAGCAUGGCUACUGUGGAUCUUCCAAGGCAUAUUAUGGAAAUGGCUGUCGGUCUCAAUUUUGA